GACCACUCACUCUGGGAUUCUCUGCUCUUUUUUCCCUUCUAAAACGUUACCUUAAAUAAAUCCUGAAACGUUUACUCUCUCCUCCCUGUCCCUGCGAUUAAGCCUCUUACGCCUUCGUUUUCUCUCUUCUUCAACACUCUCUACAACAAUAAUAAUUAUAAUAAUAAUAAAGAAGGCUUAAAGAAGGGCUUUCACUUUCGUCAUUUCAAAACGCUUCCAAUCAAUCCAUCUCUCUCUUUCUAGAUCGAUACACGCUCUCCUCUCUAUCUCUAUCAAUAACGCUCCAUUAUUUCCGGAUCGAUUAUAUCCUCCCAUUCCUAAAUCCUAGCUUUCAGCCUCGCAAUUCAUGCUCUUCUAGUCCAAUCCAUUCCGCUUCUGUUCUUAUCCCCAAAACCCUAGAAAAAAAAAAAAAAUCAAUCAAGCUCAUGAAGGGGUCGAGCCGGUGGUUCACGAUCGGCCUCGUCACCUCUUGGUACUCCUCCAACAUUGGGGUUUUGCUCCUCAACAAGUACUUGCUCAGCAACUAUGGCUUCAAGUACCCUAUCUUCCUCACCAUGUGUCACAUGAUGGCCUGUUCGCUUCUCAGCUAUAUUGCUAUUGCUUGGAUGAAGAUGGUUCCUUUGCAGACCAUACGGUCUCGAGCACAGUUCUUGAAAAUUUCCUGUCUCAGUCUUGUUUUUUGCUCGUCGGUGGUUUGUGGGAACGUCUCUCUUCGGUACCUUCCGGUGUCGUUCAAUCAGGCGGUCGGGGCCACCACGCCCUUCUUUACGGCUGUGUUCGCUUAUUUAAUGAAGGAGAAAAGGGAGGAUUGGAUAACCUAUCUGACUUUGAUUCCUGUGGUCACCGGCGUCAUCAUUGCCAGCGGGGGUGAACCGAGUUUCCAUAUGUUUGGGUUUAUAAUAUGCAUUUCGGCUACAGCUGCAAGGGCUUUUAAGUCAGUGCUUCAAGGGAAAUUGCUGACCUCAGAAGGGGAAAAGUUGAAUUCUAUGAACCUUCUGCUGUACAUGGCUCCAAUAGCUGUUGCAUUCUUAAUUCCUGCAACACUAAUUAUGGAGGAAAAUGUGGUUGCAAUUACAUUGGCUCUUGCCAGAGAUGAUAUUAAAAUAAUAUGGUAUCUCCUCUUCAAUUCUGCUCUAGCAUAUUUUGUGAACUUGACCAAUUUCUUGGUCACUAAGCACACCAGUGCUUUAACACUCCAGGUUUUGGGGAAUGCAAAGGGGGCUGUUGCUGUAGUUAUAUCAAUUUUAAUAUUUAGAAAUCCUGUCUCAGUGACAGGGAUGCUGGGCUACAUGCUCACUGUUAUUGGAGUUGUUCUGUACAGCGAAUCCAAGAAACGGAACAAAUGAGAACCCUAAACACACACUAUCUUGUUUUACUUCUCAUGAGGGUGCAGUGGAAGCCUCCAGGCCCAUGAUCCUAACAUAUGCUUGUAGCUGAGGCCAUCCCAUGGUCCCCAUGAUUCUUUUACGGGAAAUUGGAAAGAAGAAUUUCCACUUGUAUUAACAGAGACUCAAAAAAGUAAGGAAAUUUUAGUAAAAGCUCCUAUUUUCCCUGUACUAUCAACAGUUCGUUUAGGGGUGGGAUUCAGCCCCAAUUGGUAAUUUUAUUUUUCUUCAUUUUGUCUUUAAAACCUUGGUGUCAUAUCUUGAUUAUUUAAUGAAAGAUGUAUCCAUAUAUUUUUAUUUA